AAAGGAAAGAGAAAGGAAAAAAACAGAAGUGUUAACGAAGCAGAUCUGUCAAAACAUAAACACUGCGAGCACGGCCACAAGCGUGACAAUUAAACUGCGGGAGGUUUCGGAUCGCCAGUGAAUUGAGGGCACUUUUCACUGAUGUGGUGUGCGUGUGUUUGUGCUUGACUCGCAGGUGAAGAAAGGGGAAAUCUGCGCAGAGGAUUAACAAGUGCGGACACGUUGGGCCUACAGUAGAGGGUCUCUUCUGCUAGAAGAGACAGUCUGACAGAAUGAGCAAUACAGAUGUUAAUGCCAGUGUCCCAAAUGGUGGUUCUGAUGAUCCAGAUCCUGGAGAAGGAAGACGGGAGGUGGAUGCAUCUCCGGCACCAGAGGCCCAUUCUAGCACAGAGUCCGCAAAUCUGAGUUCAGCGCCAGAGGGAGGUGAGGGUGGUCAGGACAGGCCAAUGACAGACUCUGAACAGAAGCAGGGGCCUGGAGAAGAGGAGGACACAGACAGCAUGGAUGGCAGUGGAUUGUACUCUCUAACGGAAGGAGAGAGUGAAGAAGGGGGACUGAGAGAGAGGGGAAAAGAUGCAGGAAGGCGAUCCGCUAGGAAGAGAAACCGACCCAGCGGGGGAGCCACACGUCACUCUUCUAGUUCAGAAGAGGAUGACGACGAAGAAGAAGAGGAGGAGGAGGAGGAGGAAGAGGACGUUGAGGAAGAAGAUGAGCAAGCCAUGGAGACGUGGCUGGGAGCAGACCUGCGUGACCUGAGUUGCCCUUCGUGGCGUGCAGUCCCCUCGCUGCGUGCCCGAGAGAUUGGCCGCGACUCGCACCAGUUUGUGAGGAGUGCGUGUGGGGCGCGGGGUCUCGUCCAGAGGCUGGAACUGCAGGGCCGCCUGGAGAGACACACGGGUUGCGUGAACACCCUCCACUUUAACCCCUCCGGCACCCGCCUAGCCUCGGGCAGUGACGACCUCCGUGUGGUGAUAUGGGACUGGGCUCGCAGAAGAGCAGAGCUAGAGUUUGACAGUGGCCAUAAGAGCAAUGUCUUUCAGGCAAAGUUCCUCCCACACAGUGGUGACUCCACAUUGGCCAUGUGUGCCCGAGAUGGACAGAUCAGAGUGGCUGAGCUUUCUGCUACACAACGUUGCAAAAACACCAAAAAAGUAGCCCAGCACAAAGGCGCCGCACAUAAGCUUGCACUGGAUCCAGACUCUCCCUGCUCUUUCCUUUCUGCCGGUGAAGAUGCAGUGGUGUUCGGCAUUGACCUGCGUUUAGACAGACCUGCUGACAAACUGGUGGUGGUGAAGGAAGGUGAAAAGAAGGUGGGGCUGUAUACCAUCUUUGUGAACCCAGACAAAACACACCACUUUGCUGUGGGUGGGAGAGACCAGUAUGUCAGGAUCUAUGACCAGAGAAAGAUCAAUGAAAACGAUAAUAAUGGCGUGCUGAAGAAGUUUUGUCCCUCUCACUUGUUGACCAGCGACAACAAAACAAAUAUCACCUGCUUAGUGUACAGCCAUGAUGGCUCAGAGCUGCUGGUAAGUUACAAUGAUGAGGACAUUUACCUUUUUGACUCCAGCCACAGUGAUGGGGCAGAUUACUGCAGGAGAUACAAAGGUCACCGCAACAAUGCCACAGUGAAGGGAGUUAACUUCUAUGGUCCUAGUAGUGAGUUUGUUGUCAGUGGCAGUGACUGUGGACACAUCUACCUUUGGGACAAGAACUCUGCCCGCGUGGUGCAGUUUAUGGAGGGAGACAAGGGAGGAGUGGUGAACUGCCUAGAACCUCAUCCUCAUAUCCCAGGUUUAGCAACCAGUGGUCUAGACCAUGAUGUGAAACUGUGGGCCCCGACUGCUGAGAAUCCCACAACACUGAAGGGACUUAAAGAGGUAAUGAAGAAGAACAAGCGAGAGCGUGAUGAAGACUGUGUUCGACAUGGUGACCAGUAUGACACACAGCUCCUCUGGUUCCUGAUGAGACACAUGAGAAACCGAAGGCCUCAGAGAGCCCACCGAGGGGAAGGUGGAGAGGGCGACACAGAUGAAUCCUGGAGCUCGCCAGAUACCUCUGACGAAGAAGCAGGGCCAGACCAUGUCCAGUGCAUGUCCUCCUGAGCCACACACACACUCUUUUUGCCAUAUAUUUAAGCACAUACAUACUAGUAAGACACUGGUACACAGUAGACACUGAAGGGCCAGCAACAAACACACACUUAUACAGCUUUAUAUACACAUACACACAGUGUGAGGGAGAGAAAAACGACUGUCAAAACCAUCCAAAUUUGGAUUUUUGCUUUAUACAAAAAUAACAUCACUUGGGGAAGAAGUUAUAAUGAGAUUCAUAUUUUUGAUAUGUGAUAAUAUAUUGGCAACCACACACACACACACACAAAUAACCACUGAUUUAUGUGAACACAGACACAAACACGUUUCAUUUCCACUUUUACAACUUGUCACAUUGAAGACCACAGCAGAUGUUCCAGAAAUAUUGCCCUCUACUGGUUGCUGCCUUAGUUCCUCUACAAAACAAAAAUAAUGAAACUGUGAAUCUCAGCAGAUGUGAUGCACAGAUGUGGAACAAUAUUUUACAUCAUUAGUCUUCUGUGUGCUCUUAUAGAUGUUCCCACUCAAGGUUCGUCUUUAAGAGCGACAUGUGGUUGGAGCAUGACAGGACAGUAUGGAUACUCAAAGCGAGUCAGAUUACUGAGCUGACAAUAGUGUUACUUAUUCUCAAAACCAGCACCAUCCUUUACCCAGCUCAUCAGAUUUCUCCAUUCAUCUGAACUGCAUUUGUCUCAACCAAGUAGGAGAGAGCUACAGCAUAGAUUUAUUUUUGGGCUGCAAUUUUAUGUCUUUUCAUUACAUUGAUAAACUCUCCUAGGCCAUCUGGCAGUUGCUCUGAUCCUGUCUUCGUUCACUUUUCCUGUGCGUGUGUUUGCUGAAGUUGGGCACAGCAAAUCUUCUUGAGGUCAGUCAUGCUCUCUCAGCUCUGACUGAAGAAACAAGAUGAACCAGAUUGAUUUUUCUGGUUCUAGAUCUCCCAAAUGGCUGUUUUGCUCUGUUCCUCUCUCCCAAGCUACUGAGUGCACUUCAAUCAGGGAUCUGCUUUGAGUUUUGAAUCUCUAAGGCGUGUGAGCGCUUAGGGGGCAUGCAAUACUUAAUGGAUUAAAUGUUUUAAUUUUUUGGUUCUUGCAGUUCCCCAAAUUUAUAAUGGACAUACAAUUGAUUACAAAGAUUUUACACCAGCUCUUUUGGUUUUGGAUUUGCUGUUGGGUGGAGAUAUGUGAUGGAGUUCCAGAAGAAAUUCCAAAAGGCUUCUGUCUAAAAAAAUGUUACUCUCCAUGGACUGCCAUCAUCUUCUCAGCCCUGUCCCUAAAAAUGUAAGAGCAAAGACAUUGAUACGCUCAGAGUCAGUGAUUUGUUGAAUCUAUUUUUCUUGCUCUGUCUCUUGUUUGAACAUACAUCCUGAAGAUCUUUGCCGAUCUGUCUGGUAAGCAUCCAAUGUUGCAUUAAGGUCCAUGUUUGUUUGAGGAAGGUUAAGCCCCUGAAACCCAUUUUUUAUAAAAAUGUUGGCUGUUGUCAGUAUUUAGAUUUGCAGUUAGUUAAGAUCAAACAAGGAUGGACCGAGACUCAUUGUAACUUGCAUUUAAGAAAGAAUCAUUUAUUUCAAAGCAUGGGUCAAUGGCAGGGGAGGGAUAGCACUAAUGGUAUACAGGGAGGGGUAAGAAGCUUGAAUUACUUUGCCCCUUUUUUCCUUCUUUUGUGAGGGGAAUAAAUUCUUAGCUUUUCUCUUUUUGUACGAGAAGAUUAACUUAAAUGACUAAAUGUAUAUAUAAAUAUAUAUAUAGAUAUUAUGAAACCUGUAAAAAAAUAAUAAUCUUCAACCACUUCUAUUUGAAAAAGGUGUCUAAAUUGAAUUGUUAUUGAUGCAGAGGUUUAUAUUGUAUAAGACAGAAAUACUUCUAAAUUUAAUGGAAAACAUUGGAUAUGUAUUUUUUCCUUCCUUUUGUCCUGAUUUACAGCCCUAAUCGCCACUGAGGUUACACGAAUUCUUUUUCAUUUUUUUCAUUUUCCCAUUUUCACUGCUCCAAAUGUCUAUCCUAUCACUGACAUAUAUUUUCUUUUUCCUUUUUUAGGGAUUUGAUAAAUGAGUUGUCCCAUCGCUGCCUAACAUUGUGUUCUUUCAGUUCAAUUGAAACCAUGUACAAUUUGUGCAGUAAAAAAAGAGAGAAAAACUGUUCUGUUUUUAUAACCAAUGUGUGUUAUUUAUUCAUUCAUUUGAAUAUAGAAGUAAGUUAUAUACACCAUGUGACUGAUUACACACCAUCAUACAAUAUCUACUCCAUGUUUAUAUAUAAUUACAGCUAUUGAAUUAGUUGAAUGGGUGGUAACAAUGAUAUUUGUUUUCCACCAAUUGUGCAUCCUAUCUCAUAUACAUUGGUUUAUUAGUAAGCAAUUUUGGCAUAUGUAACUUUUUUAAAUGUUUACAAGCUGUAGACAUGUACAGUGGUGCUAUGUG